UUUUCAAUGGUGCAAAUGAAUUAUUGAAAAUUACCCGGUCAAUUAAUUGUUAGUAUUUGAGAGUUUUUGCAUCUACGCUUUUCAAAACACGAAUGUUAAAGAGAAAAAUAAAUAUAGUUGCGAAAAUAUCUUUUUGAGAAUAUUGCAUAAUGACAAAAGACGAAACAUUGGAGAAAAAAUCAGUUGAAAAUAAUGAUACUGAUAAAAAGACUGCUUCUGAAUCUGGUCCUGAUCCAUCAGCCCCAAUAACUAGAAGAGGAGUAUUAACAUCAUUCUUGACUGGCAAGCCAAUGGAGAUACCAGAACAAGAUAUUUUAGGCAAAUGCAGAUUUGUGUCUGAAUUUGAAAAAUUAAAUCGUAUCGGUGAAGGCACCUAUGGAAUUGUUUAUAGAGCAAGGGAUACAAAAAAUGAUAAAGUUGUAGCCUUGAAAAAGGUACGAAUGGAACACGAAAAAGAUGGCCUUCCAGUCAGCGGUUUAAGAGAAAUAUCUGUUCUUUUAUCCUGUCGUCAUGAAAAUAUUGUACAUUUAAGAGAAGUAGUAGUAGGGAGAAGUUUAGAAAGCAUAUUUCUUGCUAUGGAAUAUUGUGAACAAGACUUAGCAAGUCUACUGGACAAUAUGCAAGCUCCAUUUUCAGAAAGUCAAGUCAAAUGUAUUGUUUUACAAGUAUUAAAGGGUUUGCGUUAUCUACAUCAUAAUUUUAUUGUACAUAGAGAUUUGAAAGUUUCAAAUCUUCUUAUGACAGACAAAGGAUGUGUAAAAAUUGCUGAUUUUGGAUUAGCUAGGUGGUUUGGUUUACCUUUAAAGCCAAUGACCCCUAGGGUAGUAACAUUAUGGUAUAGAGCACCAGAGUUGUUAUUACAAGCUAAAACUCAAACAACUUCUGUCGAUAUGUGGGCUGCAGGUUGUAUUUUAGGGGAACUACUUGGACAUCGGCCUUUAUUGCCUGGACGAUCAGAAAUUGCACAAUUAGAAUUAAUUGUUGACUUGCUAGGCACACCAAGUGAAGCAAUUUGGCCUGAGUUUAAUACACUUCCAGCGCUACAGAACUUUACAUUAAAACAGCAACCAUAUAAUAAUUUGAAACAAAGGUUUCCAUGGUUAAGUGCCGCUGGUUUGAGAUUAUUAAAUUUCUUAUUCAUGUAUGAUCCGAAAAAGAGAGCUACUGCAGAAGAAUGUUUACAAAGUAGCUACUUCAAAGAAGCUCCUCUGCCAUGUGACCCCAAACUUAUGCCCACUUUUCCACAACAUAGAAAUAUGAAAAAAACUGCUCCACCAAAAGAGGCUAGAGAAUCAGACACAAAUGUUACAGAUCAAACAAAUAAUUUACCCGCAAUUUCAGAUCUUCUUGGUUCACUUGUCAAGAAGAGGCGAGUUGAAUGAAGAAAAUACUUAUUUUUUGAAUGCGAUACAAAUCUCGACAUUAUUGAUUUAAAAAUAUUUCAUUUCGAUUUAUAUCCUUCAUUCUCAAUGUAUGAAUUCAUUCAGAGAUAGAUUUUGAAAUAAAUAAACUUUAUUAAUAAAUA